AUGCUCCAGGACGCGGCCAAGGGCGACGGCAUCAACAUCGGCGACGCGCUCAACCUCGCCAUCCUCGAGGAGAUGGUGCGCGACCCCAUGACGACGAUCCACGCGGAGGACCUCCAGGCGGGCUCGAGCUACGACAUCCCCAAGCUCACGCAGCAGACCUUCGGCGCGCUCCGCGCGGCCGACGAGAUCAUCGACGAGGGCCACUUCCUCGGCAAGGCCCUCGGCGAGGGCAUGAACGGCUACCGGCCCAUCGUCGAGCUCAUGAACGCCAAUUUUGGCAUCUACGGCAUGGCCGAGCUCUCGUCGGCGGGCAACACGUACGCGACGACGGGCGGCCAGUUCAAGAUGCCCAUGACCGUCGUCGGCGCCGGCGGCACGGCGCCGAACCAGGCGUUGGGCGCCGAGCACUCCCAGCCCUUCCACGCCUACGUCAUGGGCAUCCCCGGCCUCAAGAUCUGCACGGCCGCGAGCCCGGACGCGGCCUACGGCCUCUGCAAGGCCAUGAUCCGCGACGACGGCCCGGGCAUCCUCUUCACGCCCGUCAAGCUCAUGAAGGACGCCAAGGUGCCCUGCGACGUCGGCACCUGCAUGCCCCUGAACAAGGCCGCGCUCGUCUACGCCGCGGACCCGGCCGCCGUCGCGAACGGCGACGCGGUCACGGUGCUCACGUACCUCCACGGCGUCCGCGAGGCCGUCAACGCCAUCCCGGACAUCAACGCCAACGGCAACGACAUCGACCUCAUCGAGCUGCGCUCCCUCAAGCCCAUCGACAUGGACACGAUCGCCGCGUCGCUCUCGAAGACGCACAAGCUCUGCAUCCUCGACGAGUCGACGCUCUCGGGCGGCGUCGGCGCGUCCAUCUCCGCGCGCGUCUCCGAGGAGCUCUACGACGAGCUCGACGCGCCCGUCAAGCGCCUCUGCAUGGACGACGCGCCCGUGCCCUACGCGUCCUCCAUGGAGGAGGCCGUCGUCAAGCGCGGCGCGGACCUCGUCCUCGCGGUCAAGGCGCUCGUCGACUACCAGGUCUAG